AUGGAGCUGCCGAAGCUGCUGUCGCCCUGUCUUCACGAUGUCCCUGUUCACGAUGCCUCGCACGAAACAUCGCCGUAUCCCCGCCAUGUCCAGUUCCUGGCGGACCCGGUGACCAAGGAUAUUAUCCGUGCCAGGUCUGCUAUAGUUCAAUAUCUACGCCAGUUCUUCUUGGAUCGGUCGUUUAUGGAGGUCAAUACUCCUAUCGUCGGAUCUGUGGCUGGCGGUGCAAUUGCUCGUCCUUUCUACACCAAUGCCACUGAAUUCCCCGAGCGCGAGCUCUCUCUGCGAAUUGCACCGGAGUUGUGGCUCAAGCGGCUGGUGGUGGGUGGAUUCGACAAGGUCUUUGAGAUUGGACCAUCUUUCCGGAAUGAAGGACUGGACAAGACGCACAAUCCCGAAUUCACCACCUGCGAGUUCUAUCACGCGUACGCCAACCUCGAGGACUUGAUGACCACCACGGAGAAGCUUCUGUCUGAAAUGGCUUCACACAUCCGGGACUUCAAUAAAGAAGGAACUCUCAAUCCGACCUCUGUUAACUUCACCACCCCCUUCCGUCGGAUCGACUUCCUCACCGGCAUCGAAGAAGGAAUCAGUCGCAAACUCCCCGAUCUCACAUCCCCCGACGCUCUCUCCCAAGUCUACCAAAUCUUCCACGACCUCUCCCUCCCACUCCCCGAGAACGCCAAUCUCCCCCGCCUCCUCGACGAACUAUGCAGCAUCUACGUGGAACCGCAGUGUAUAGACCCAACCUUCAUCAUCAAUCCACCUGAAUGCCUUUCUCCUCUCUCCAAAUCCUUCGUCCACCCUAUCACCAAACAAAUCGUCGCCGCGCGAGGUGAGCUCUUUAUCGAAGGCAAGGAAGUCGUCAACACCUACGAAGAAGAGAAUUCCCCCUUUGAACAACGCCGCAAGUUCGAGGACCAAUUGCGCUUCUCCAGGGCCGCCGAUGAGCCCGGUGAAAUUGAUGAAAGCUACCUCGAGGCUUUGGAGUGGGGUCUCCCUGCUACUGGUGGCUGGGGAUGUGGUAUCGAUCGCCUCGUUAUGCUGUUUACGGGCGCGAAACGCAUUGGCGAUGUCUUGCCAUUUGGUAAUCUGAGGGCAGUUACCAGACGCCCUGGAACGAGCGAGUAA